AUGUCUGCAACCGUCGCACAGCGCCCUUCUACGGCGCAGGAACGUAUUCUUGCUUCCAACUGCCCUCCGCCGCCACCACCGCCCCCGGGAUCCCCGUCGCACCGCCAGCGCGCCGCAUACAACAACUUCGGCAGUGGCGUCUCCGCAAUGUUUGGAUUUCAACCAACGGGCCUCGUCACCGCCAUUGAAAAUGAGACACAGGGACCAGUUGUCACUCGCAGGACAAAGUACCGUGACACCUCUGAGAUCAUUCUCGGACCCAGCAAACCUUCUCAAAUAAAGCACGGUGUCCGCCGCUAUGAUGGUCAUGACGACUGCUCUGUGGGUUUGGCUCUUACCGACACUUGGAUUCGCGGUUACGCCGAUGAUGAGGAGCCUCCCGCCCAUGUCGUGAGGCAAAGGGGCCCGAAGGAUAACCUUGAGGGAAAUUGCUGCCGUGUCAAGACUGAGGAAACGAAACCACGCAAAAUGCUUGCUCCAGGAAACCCACCUCCAAGGACGACAAGGCCUCCAUACAGCGUUCCAGAGUAUGAUGGGAACAAUGCUGAGGAAACCUGCCCCAAGCGCCUCUACAGGCACAAAGACAGCGGUAACAUCAUCUGCCCCGAGCCUUUGCCAAAGGGCACAGUUAUCGAUGACCGACCACGCGGAACGGUGCGCUCGCACCGCAACCGGUCGAACGAGUCUGUUGAUGUACUCAACCUUGGCCAGUACAGCAGUGAGCAGCUCAAUGAAGUGGAACGGAAACUCGUUGCAGGGCCUCGUGAAUUCAUUCCCCCUCCACUGCCUCCUCGCCAACGCCCAAUCAUCGCCCGUGUGCACACUCCUGCAAACGCAACCCACGACAUUUUCGGUACUGGCCAAGGUGUUGAAGAUAUUGAGCCAGUCCACUGCAAGAAACGCGGUGAGAGCGCCCCGAAACGCUCUGGUGAGUUUGACAUCUUCGAUCCCACUCCACUACCGCAGCAACCCACGAAGGGGUACAACCCAAGCGAUUUGUUGGUGUACGAUGAGCCGUAUGUUUCUGUGCAGGAGAAGCGUGAGAAGGCGGCUCGUGAGGCCCGUCGCAACCCUGAAAAGUAUUGCCCAGGAAAUGUUGUUACGUCUUCGCACAAGAUAGAAAAGAAGACGGAAAGUGGCGUGGUCUUUCACUCCAAAUCUCAGGAAAUCACUGCCCAUGGUGGCCGUGCGCGUGGCUUGUACGCCCCAAGGGGAAGUUCAAUCUCACUGUGUUAA